CUCUGCGCGUCCUGGGGCAAGGCCAGGGGCGGAGCCGGGGCUGGGGCCGUGUCCCAACUCCGAACGCAGCGGGGCGGGGCCGGGACUCCAGCGCUGCGCCGCGUCCGAACGUCGAGACCCCACCGAGGGCGGGAGGGGGACUCUCGGGAGCCGCAGACGCCCGAGGCCCACGCCGCGCGGGACCGGCCAGUGGUCACUCCCGCCGACGGCCCCGGGCCCCGACGGCCCGGAAGUCCCGCGUGUCCGGGGGAUCGGCAGGGGGGCGGCGCGCGAGGCUCCCCCGGGGCGGUGACUGCUGAGCCCCGCCCGCCAGGCGGCCCCACCCGCCUGCUGUCCUGGGGCGCCGCCGCCCCGCCGCCCGCAGUGGACCGCUGUGCGCGAACCCUACGGUCGCGACCCGAGGCCGAGGCCGGGUACCUGGGCUGGGAUCCGGAGCAGGCGGGCGAGGGCAGCCGCCCUGAGCAGGUACGGGCGGGAAGCGGGAGCCAGAUCCGGACAAGGGCGACACAGACACAGGACCGAGGGGCGGACGCCGGAGAGACACGGGAAAGGGGUCGGGACAAGAGCACGUGGCUCGGACACCGACGCCAGGAGGCCGCAGACCCCGGACGUGUCAGGCAUCCCCGCGGGCCCCGAGCGAUGGCGGCCUCGAUGACGGUGGGAACCGGAGCCCCACCUGCGCCUGGUGACCUCUCCGGGGAAGGGAGCCAGGGACUUCUCGACCCCUCGCCAGAGCCCAAGCAGCUCCCGGAGCUGAUCCGCAUAAAGCGAGACGGAGGCCGCUUGAGCGAAGCGGACAUCAGGGGCUUCGUGGCCGCUGUGGUGAACGGGAGUGCGCAGGGCGCACAGAUCGGGGCCAUGCUGAUGGCGAUCCGACUCCAGGGCAUGGAUCUGGAGGAGACCUCGGUGCUGACCCAGGCCCUGGCCCAGUCGGGGCAGCAGCUGGAGUGGCCAGAGGCCUGGCACCAGCAGCUUGUGGACAAGCAUUCCACAGGGGGUGUAGGCGACAAGGUCAGCCUGGUCCUCGCACCUGCCCUGGCGGCGUGUGGCUGCAAGGUGCCAAUGAUCAGCGGACGUGGUCUGGGGCACACAGGAGGCACCUUGGAUAAGCUGGAGUCUAUUCCUGGAUUCAAUGUCACCCAGAGCCCAGAGCAGAUGCAAGCGCUGCUGGAGCAGGCGGGCUGCUGUAUCGUUGGUCAGAGUGAGCAGCUGGUCCCUGCAGACGGAAUCCUAUAUGCAGCCAGAGAUGUGACAGCCACCGUGGACAGCCUGCCACUCAUCACAGCCUCCAUCCUCAGUAAGAAGCUCGUGGAGGGGCUGUCUGCUCUGGUGAUCGACGUUAAGUUCGGAGGGGCCGCCGUCUUCCCCAAUCAGGAGCAGGCCCGGGAGCUGGCAAGGACGCUGGUUGGUGUGGGAGCCAGCCUAGGGCUUCGGGUCGCGGCAGCGCUGACCGCCAUGGACAAGCCCCUGGGCCGCUGCGUGGGCAACGCCCUGGAGGUGGAGGAGGCGCUGCUCUGCAUGGACGGCGCAGGCCCGCCAGACUUAAGGGACCUGGUCACCACGCUCGGGGGCGCCCUGCUGUGGCUCAGCGGACACGCGGGGACUCAGGCCCAGGGCGCUGCCCGGGUGGCUGCGGCGCUGGACAACGGCUCGGCCCUUGGCCGCUUCGAGCGGAUGCUGGCGGCGCAGGGCGUGGAUCCCGGUCUGGCCCGAGCCCUGUGCUCCGGGAGCCCCGCAGAGCGCCGGCAGCUGCUGCCUCGCGCCCAGGAGCAGGAGGAGCUGCUGGCGCCCGCGGAUGGUGAGCGUCGGGGGAGUCCUCGUCAUCCCGCCUCCGCCAUCCCCUUCCCUUCCCGAGCCCCCGCCCCUUCCCGAGCCCGCGCGUCCCAGCCCCUCUCCCCGCAGGCACCGUGGAGCUGGUCCGGGCGCUGCCGCUGGCGCUGGUGCUGCACGAGCUCGGGGCUGGGCGCAGCCGCGCUGGGGAGCCGCUCCGCCUGGGGGUGGGCGCCGAACUGCUGGUCGACGUGGGUCAGAGGCUGCGCCGUGGGACACCCUGGCUCCGCGUGCACCGGGACGGCCCCGCGCUCAGCGGCCCGCAGCGCCGCGCCCUGCAGGAGGCACUCGUACUCUCGGACCGCGCGCCCUUCGCGCCCCCCUCGCCCUUCGCCGAGCUCGUUCUGCCGCCGCAGCAAUAAAGCUCCUUUGCCGCGAAACUUUGUGGGUGCUUGGCUCGCCCGGGCGGGAGCGAAGGGAUCGGGGCCGCGGGGGCGAGGCCGUCUCGGCGAACACGUGACCUGCGGUGGGCUCCGCCUUCCGCGCAAGCGCCGAGAGCGCGUCAGCGGCCGUGCCCGUCUGCGCAUGGGCAGCUCCGGGGAACGCCUGCGCCCUGGCUGCGAGCUUGUGGCGCCCACGAUACCUGAGCCCGCGAGGAGCCCGCGGGGCGGAGCGCAGGGAGCUGGAGGUCGCGCUGCCUCUCGGGGGACUGGUCCACUGACGCGCGGCCCCGCCGCGAGGAGCAUCAGAUCCAUGCUGCUGCUGACUCGGAGCCCCACAGCUUGGCACAGGCUCUCUCACCUCAAGCCCCCAGUCCUCCCUGGGACCGUGGGAGGCCAGGCCCUGCAUCUGAGGUCCUGGUUUUUGUCAAGGCAGGGCCAGCCUCAGGGCCCUGGGCUUCGAACCAGGCUGUUGAUCACAGCCCUGUUUGGAGCUGGACUUGGUGGGGCCUGGCUGGCCCUGAGGGCUGAGAAAGAGAGGCUGCAGCAGCAAAAGCGAAUAGAAGCCCUGCGCCAGGCAGCUGUGGGCCAGGGCGACUUCCACCUGCUGGACCACAAAGGCCAGGGUCGCUGCAAGGCUGACUUCCGGGGCCAGUGGGUGCUGAUGUACUUUGGCUUCACUCACUGCCCUGACAUCUGCCCAGACGAGCUGGAGAAGCUGGUGCAGGUGGUGCGGAAGCUGGAAGCAGAGCCUGGUUUGCCUCCAGUGCAGCCCGUCUUCAUUACUGUGGACCCCGAGCGGGACGAUGUGGAAGCCAUGGCCCGCUAUGUCCAGGACUUCCACCCAAGACUGCUGGGUCUGACCGGCUCCACCGAACAGAUUGCCCAGGCUACUCACAGUUACCGUGUGUACUACAGUGCCGGCCCCAAGGAUGAGGACCAGGACUACAUCGUGGACCACUCCAUUACCAUCUACCUGCUCAACCCUGACGGCCUCUUCACCGAUUACUACGGCCGGAGCAAGUCAGCUGAGCAGAUCUCAGACAGUGUGCGGCGGCACAUGGCGACUUUCCGCAGCGUCCUGUCUUAAGCCGCUGCAGCCUGGGCCCCAUCAUUAAACAGGGUGCGUUUAA